AUGACUAUCUCCGAGUAUGCUGAUAAGUUUGAUUCGUUGGCCAAAUAUUUUCGUUACUUUCGUGACCAUGUGGAUGAGGAUUACAAAUGUGAAAGAUUCGAGGAUGGACUCCUGUAUGAAAUCAGGGAGUCUGUGGAGCCCUUAGAGAUUCGUCAGUUUCAAGCAUUGGUGGAGAAAAGUAAGAAAGUGGAGCGGAUGAAAAGGGGACGCACGAAUAGGGGAGCAACUGCAGGGCCGUCUAGACCUCAGGGAUACCAGGACCGUGACAAUAGAGGUGGGCGACAACAUCCAUACCACCGACCUCAAGGGAAUGGUAGGGACCAAUCUCGAUCACAAAAUAGUGGAGGUCAGAGACUACACAAUGCAGGCAAUGUUCGAUGCUACCAUUGCGAUCAGGAAGGGCACGUGAGGACUGAGUGCCCAGAAAGAGUUAGAGUUUGUUACCUUUGUCAGCAGUCGGGACAUUUUGCUAGAGAAUGCAAAGAGCCAAAGGGAAAUCAGGUGCCACCCAUCAACAACAAUGAUGUUUCUCGCCCUAGUGCUAAGGGACGUGUUUACCACAUUGGAGGAGAAGAAACUUUGAAUGCCCCAGGACUAACCCAUGGUGAGUGUGAAAUUUUAUACUAA